AACGGGAAUAUGGGGCGAUCAGUUUAGGUGCGUUCGUGGGUUGUUUCUAAGGCAGUAUUACCAGGUGUCAGCCAUGCAGUCAAAUCGACCUCCUCUCUCACCAAAGAAUGAAACUUCACUUGCACAACAGCUGAAGACCUGUAGCGUUGAGGAUCAAGAAAACCAGCCACCUGUGGAUGCUAAGCUACUUUCAGGCAAGCUCUCUCAGAAGAUGUUCGAAAGUGACUUUGAACUUAAACGAGCUGAAUUGGAAAAGCGCCCUUCCCACAGUGAAACUGAGCCCCUGUUGAAGAAGAACCCGCGAAGGUUUGUGGUGCUGCCUAUCCAUUACGAAGAUAUCUGGAGGAUGUAUAAAAAACUGGAGGCCUCCUUCUGGACAGCAGAAGAGGUUGAUCUGUCAAAAGAUUUGCAAGACUGGGAAGCCUUGAAACCAGAGGAACGAGCUUUCAUCUCUUAUGUUUUGGCAUUCUUUGCAGCUAGUGAUGGAAUUGUGUUGGAAAACUUGGUUGCCCGGUUUGCUCAGGAAGUUCAAAUACCAGAAGCUCGCUGCUUCUAUGGCUUUCAAACUGCAGUUGAGAACAUCCAUUCUGAAAUGUACUGCCUUCUUAUUGACACUUACAUCAAGGAUCCACACGAAAGGGAUUUUCUGUUCAAUGCAAUCGAAACCCUGCCAUGUGUCAAAAAGAAGGCUGACUGGGCUUUACGGUGGAUAGGGGAUUACCAAGCACCCUUUUGUGAACGUUUGGUGGCUUUUGCAGCAGUAGAGGGAAUUUUCUUUUCUGGAUCAUUUGCUUCCAUCUUCUGGCUGAAGAAACGAGGACUCAUGCCUGGCCUGACUUUCUCUAAUGAGCUGAUUACCAGAGAUGAGGGUUUGCAUUGUGACUUUGCUUGCCUGCUGUUCCAUCACUUGGUGAACAAACCAUCUGAAGAGAGGGUAAAGGAGAUUGUUGUGGAUGCUGUAAAGGUUGAGCAGGAGUUCUUGACAGAAGCAUUGCCUGUGGACAUGAUUGGCAUGAACUGCACUUUAAUGAAGCAAUAUAUUGAGUUUGUAGCAGAUAGGCUAAUGAUGGAGCUGGGUUUCAAAAAGAUAUACAACUCUGAUAACCCAUUUGACUUCAUGGAGAACAUUUCCUUGGAAGGGAAGACCAACUUCUUUGAAAAAAGAGUUGGGGAAUAUCAGAAAAUGGGAGUAAUGUCAAAGGCCUCUGAAAAGACUUUUAGACUAGAUGCAGACUUUUAAAAUUUUCUGUAAUCUUGUUGGACUUUGCCAUGCAAAGGCCAGUCUGUUCUGCAAGUUUUGUCUUGCCUGAAUGUUCUGCUUGGUUGCUGGCACACCUCAGCUUGAUUGGUACCACAAAAGAAGCACUCAACUGAAGCUAUUAGCUGGGUAUUAAUUUGCACCGCCAAUUUUUAUACUGUGUAAACUUCUAUUGUGAGAGUCCAAGGAAAUGAGUAUUUGAAGAUCUAGUUCAGCUAAUAGCACUUGUGCUAAAUGUAAAUGAAUAUUGAAUAAAGCUAUUUAAUGGAAAAUGUC